ACAGGUUGGAACAGCUUUGCCGUAAAGAGCAUUGGCAGGCAUGGAAUCCGAGACUCCUUUGCUGCAGCGUGAGGAGCUUGUCAGUGCCCUGCAGCGCGAUGGGCUCUGUCUGAGACAUGCAAGAGAGAACUUCAAGGCAGAUGAGGAGCUGGUCAUGUUUGCGGUGUCUCAGAACGGCAAUGCCUUAAAAUUUGCAUCCGAGGAACUCAAGAAGUCCAAGGCGAUAGUGACGGCUGCUGCAUUGCAACACGGCCCUUCGAUGCAGUACGCUUCGAAAGAUCUUAUCGAGGACAGGGACUUUGUUUUGGAGCUGUGUGCCAAGGGAGCGAGCUGCCUGUCGGGGUUGGAUGAGAAGAUGAAGAAAGAUAAGGAGGUGGUGCUUGCGUGUAUGAGUGCGAACGGAUUCCAGCUGGACAACGCAGAUCCAAGUCUCCAGAAAGACAAGGAGGUUGUUUUGAGAGCUGUGAAAUCACAUGGCAAGGCCCUUCGAUUUGCGUCAGAGGAGUUGUUGAAGGACAAGGAAGUCGUCAUGGCUGCUGUAAGUGAGAACGGAGACGCUCUUAAGUUUGCGAGCUCCGAGUUGAAGAACGAUCGCGACGUUGUGCUGUGUGCUGUGAAGCAAUCAGGGGACUCGCUCAAGCACAGCUCAGAAGAGAUGCGGAAGGAUAGAGAGGUUGUGCUGGAAGCUGUGAAGAAGAGCGGGAGAGCCCUUUCGCUGGCGCCGGCUUUCAGCGACGACAAGGAGAUUGUUACAAUCGCAGUUCAAGCGAAUGCCAAGGCGUUGAAGUUUGCCUCGAAGGACAUGAAGAAGGAGAAGGACGUUGUGUACUCAGCACUGAAGUCAGAAUGCUCGGCUGGCGAGGGGCUAAAGUUUGCUGACCCUGAGCUGCAAGCGGACAAGCAGCUGGUGAUGGAAGCAGUGAGGGCCGAUGGAGAUGCGCUUCAGUUUGCGAACGCAUUGUUGAGAGGAGACAAGGAUGUCGUGACAGAAGCAGUCUCAACUCGACCAGAGGCGCUGGAGUAUGCGACUGACAGCCUGAAGAUUGACAAGGAUGUGGUCAUUAUGGCUGUGAAGAAGGCAGGAGACGUCCUGAAAGUGCUGCCCUCAGAGGCACAGGAUAAGGAAGUGGUACUAGAAGCACUCAAGACAUCUGGUGAUGCUAUCAAGUAUGUCACGGAAGAUUUGAUCGCAGACAGAGAAGUCAUAAAGCAAGCGAUCAUCUCAGGAGGGGAAAAGCUGCUGGGCGCUAUGGUCGAUAGCGUGGAAACACAGCAGAUAAUCGCAGAAGUGAUCGAGGAAGUUGAGAGGAGGGCUCACUGGCUAACUGAGUAA